AUCGCAGACCUCACAAGUCGCAGGUGAGCUCCGCCGCAGCUUGAGAAGAAGAAGAAGAAGAAGAAGAAGAACAAAGAAGAAGAAGAAAAAUGGCGACUGCUAACAAGGUGAAAGACGUGUCCCCGCACGAGUUUGUCAAGGCCUACGCCGCUCAUCUUAAGCGGUCCGGCAAGAUUGAGCUUCCUGAAUGGACUGACAUCGUGAAGACUGCUACCUUUAAGGAGCUGGCUCCUUAUGACCCUGACUGGUACUUCAUCAGAGCUGCAUCUAUGGCAAGGAAAAUAUACUUGAGGGGUGGUCUUGGUGUUGGUGCGUUCCGUAGGAUCUAUGGAGGAAGCAAGAGGAAUGGCAGUCGCCCACCACAUUUCUGUAAGAGCAGUGGCGGUAUUGCUCGUCACAUUCUUCAGCAAUUAGAGCAGCUGAAGAUUGUUGAGAUUGACCCCAAAGGAGGAAGGAAAAUCACACCCAGUGGCCAGCGGGAUUUGGACCAAGUUGCUGGACGGAUCGUUGUUGCAAUCUGAGACAUCAACUCAAAAGGCAUGGUUAUGCAAAGUGAUCUGGAAACUAUUUGCAUUUAAGAUUGAGAGAGACAAAUAUGGGGAGGUUUUUGAUUGUUUUAUGUCAGAUCUUCACUUUUAUGAGUAAGGGUUUUUUUUAAUAUCCAUGUAGUAGAACCAUGUCCUUCCUUACUGAAGUUUUGUUUAUGAAAACCUAUUCAAUUUCCUACUGUCA